CUAAGACUCGUUUUUCUGCCUCUUUAUUUGGUGGCUUUGUCAAUAAACUUUCUUGGCUGCAAACUUCAGCGUCUCAGCGUUUUGGUUUGCAGCUCCUCCAGUAAAAGGACCCGAUUCCCUAACAGCAGCAGCCAAGCCGUUAACCUACAGACCCCUUAGUGGAGCUCCUUCAAUAGGUCGCCCUCAGCUUAUAAAGAGAAGAGUCAGUUUCCUGAGCAGCCAACGCAGGAGCCCGAGCGGAACCGGGCUCGCAGAGCACCUGUCCGAGGCUGCAGCAUCCGCGCCAACUUCCCAUGGCAUCUGGAGCCACCACGAUGGACCCCAUCUGUCUGGUAAAGAACCAGAACAAUCAUCUGACAGUAAAUCCCAAAGCUCUGAAGAUUCUUGGCGAGAUAUGUCAGCCUGUGGUGGUGGUGACCAUUGCAGGGCUGUAUCGGACAGGAAAAUCCUACCUGAUGAACCGCCUGGCAGGACAGAACCAUGGUUUCCGUCUGGGCUCUACAGUGCGAUCUGAAACCAAGGGCAUCUGGAUGUGGUGUGUCCCCCACCCCUCCAAGCCAGACCACAUCCUGGUCCUUCUGGACACCGAGGGCCUGGGUGAUGUGGAGAAGGGCGACUCCAAGAACGACUCGUGGAUCUUUGCCCUGGCCGUGCUUCUGAGCAGCGUCUUCGUCUACAACAGCAUGAACACCAUCAACCACCAGGCCCUGGAGCAGCUGCACUACGUGACUGAACUGACAAAACUCAUCAGGACAACGUCCUCUGCCAUCUCUGGUGAAGCAGAGGACUCAGCCAAGUUCGUGAGUUUCUUCCCAGACUUUGUUUGGACUGUUCGGGACUUCAUGCUGGAGCUAGAGUUAGAUGGAUACCCCAUCACCGAAGACGAGUACCUGGAGAAUGCCUUGAAGUUGAUUCCAGGCUGGAAUCCCAAUAUCCAAAAUUCCAACAUGCCCAGAGAGUGUAUCAGGAAGUUUUUUCCGAAACGGAAGUGCUUUGUCUUUGACCGGCCUACAAACAACAGACAGCAGUUGCUCCAUAUUGAAGAGCUGCCAGACGACCAACUGGAUAGGAAUUUCCUAGAGCAGUCAAAGAAUUUCUGUUCUUACAUCUUCGACCACGCAAAGACCAAGACCCUAAGUGACGGAAUCACUGUCACUGGGGGAGGGCUGGCAGCUCUGGUGGAGACAUACCUAGAAGCCAUCAACAGUGGAGAAGUUCCUUGUUUGGAGAACGCAGUGGUAACUCUGGCCCAACGCGAGAACGCAGCGGCCGUGCAGAAGGCAGCCGACCUCUACAGCGAUCGGAUGGCCCGGCUACUGAGCCUCCCCACAGACACGUUCCUGGAGCUGCUGGAGGUGCACGCGGCCUGCGAGAAGGAGGCCAUUGCGGUCUUCAUGGAGCGCUCCUUCAAGGAUGACAAGCAGGAGUUCCAGAAGAAGCUGGUGGUCCUGAUUGAGAAAAUAAAGGAAGAUUUUUUGCUGAAGAAUGAAGAUACAUCUCUGAAAUACUGUCAGGCUGAGCUUAAGAAGCUAUCGGAGCCCUUAAUGACAAGUAUUUCGAGAGGAACUUUCUUCGUCCCUGGAGGACACGGUCUCUACUUAAAUGCAAAGAACAAAGUUGAAGAGGACUAUAAGCUAGUGCCCAAGAAAGGAGUUAAGGCAACCGAGGUCCUCCAGAGCUUCCUACGGUCGCAGGAAGAAACAGAGGUGGCCAUCCUGCAGGCAGACAAAGCCCUCACUGAUGGAGACAAGGCCAUAGCAGUUGAGUGUGCCAAGACGCAGGCAGCAGAGAGGGAACAGGUGCUGCUAAGAGAGAAACAGAAAGAAGAGGAUCAAAAAAUGGAGGCGCAACAGAGAAGCCUCCAGGAAAACAUAGACCAACUGAAAGAGAAGAUGGAUAAGGAAAGAGAAAGCCAUCUGAGGCAGCAGGAAACGAUGCUGGAGCACAAGCUGAAGAUGCAAGAAGAACUACUUACAGAAGGAUUUAAAAAGGAAGCUGAAGAGUUAAAUAAAGAGAUAGAUGAACUCAAAGAAAGCAUCGAAGUAACUAAAAGUGGAGGCUCUUUAAAUGUUUCGCGCAUCCUUGACGUGGCUAGCAUUGCAUUAGUUGCAGUACUGCCUGGACCUUAUAAAGUUGUUGGUAUGGGAGUUAAACUUCUCAAUGAUGCUUUUAAAAAGACUGAUAAUUCUGUUUAAGCAUAUGCUGAAAGACUUCUUAGGUUGUAAGUGUGUAACACUGUAGCUCAUUUUUGAAAUAUGUAUGUCUUGGUAGUUUUGUUCCAGAAAAUUUUAAAACAUGAUUGGCAAAGAAUUACCACAGUGAUUACCAAAGUUAUUACGAGGGCCUGAUGCUCCAAAAACAAACCAUUUCAUUUGAAUUAAAAGAACCGGAAAACAGGCUGCACAAGAGUGAUUAAUUGUAGACAAUUUCAAGAAAAGCAAAAAAAACAAAAAACAAACCUCAAGAGAAGGAACAUUUGCAAAAUUUAUAAUAUGCAUAUUCAGAGAAGUCAUUUCCUUAAGCUGUAAUGAGCCUUUAUAAAUCAGUGAGGAAAGAGCAACCCAUUUUUUAAAUGGGCAAAAAUAUAAAAGAACAACAAAGUCUAACUUUAUGGAUUGGCGAUGAUGCACCAAGUCAAAUUAGAAGGGACCUGUGUCACUUCUCAGAUGGGCCAGAAAGAACUGUUGUGACAGGACACCGAGCAGGCAACAAUUCCUGGAAACUAGCAGUCUGUUGACACUGGCUAGGAAAGUACAAAUUGGUGCAACUCUGUGCCAAAAUGUACAUGCAAAUCCUGUUGAUCUAGCAAGUCCUCGCCUAGGAACUUAUCUUACAGAUUUAUUUACCCAAGUGGAAAGUGGCCUAUGUAAGAGUAUAUUUGUUACGGGAUUGUUGUGAUUCUAAAGGACUGGAAAGAGCUUUCAAGUCCCUCUGUCACAUUCUGGUACAAUAAACCCUGAGACACACUUUUUGGUGGUUGUUGGCCACGCCCACGGCAUACGGAAAUUCCCAGGCCAGGGAUCAAACCUGUGCCACAGCAGUGACAACGUGGGAUUCCUAACCUGCUGAGCCUCACCCCCACUCCCACCCCAGGAGAGCCCUGAAACACACUUUAAAAGCAUGUUCUACAGUCACUCAAAUGAAAGGGGAAACCCUCCGUGCUAACUAUGCGAAAAUCCCUUGGGUGUACCAAAAGCGAAGAAAAAUAAAUAUGCAGAAAAUAUG